GUUCUUUAAAACGCAAAAAUAGGCAGCAAAAGACGUGUCAAUUCAAACAAUCGCACGUUUUCAAAUUUCAAAGUCUCUAUUAUCAAAAUAAACACUAAUCAUUUAGUAAAAAAGUGAUUUGCAAAUGACUGGGGACCAGUAACUACAUUGUGUCUUCAAGUUAAAAAUUGUGUAAAGUGAUAAAAACUUGCAACUUGAUAUUUGGUUCUUUUGUAAAGAUUCCUUUUCCAAUUCUCUCCCAAGUCCUGUGACUGAAGGCAGAUAUUUCUAUUAACUUUGCUGAAGGACAUUGAGGAUUUAAUACCAAUCAUGUUUGCUUGUGAUGCAGGUGUACCAUCCCGAGUAGACAACCUACGAUGGUUGCAUGUCACGUCUUCUAAUCUAGUGAAUACAACAAAUAGUAUAGCUGGAGAAUUCGUCAAUAAAAUCUCUCAUUGUGUUUCUAGCGAGUCCUCAAAAGAUUCAUUUAACCAAACUGCCGAAGAUGAAUCAAGGCAACGAAAACCAAAAACAGUUAACGAAGCUUCCCAAAAUGCCACAUGUAAGAGUUAUUCCCAAGAGAAAAUUAAUAAAGCCACUCAAGGUAAUUCAAGUAAGUGUUUACAAGAGAAAACUAAUGAAGUUACUUACAAUGAUCCAAGCCAAUAUUUAGAAGAAACAAUCAAUCAAAUUUUUGAUGAAACCUCAAGUCAGUUUUCGCAAGAUCUAGUUCACAAAUCUCCUCAAUAUACUUCAAGUCAGUAUUCUCAAGAAACAAUCAGUAAAAUUUUUGAAGAUCCUUCAUUCGAAACUUUCGAAGAAACUUUGCCAUCUCAACCUUCCAAGAGAAGGCGCAAUUCAGUAGAGCCAAGGAAUGAUACUUUUGAAUAUACUUCACUCCAAAUUUCACCAGAAAAUUUUAAAGAUGCAUCGAUCCAAAUUUCAGCAAAAACUUCUGAAGAUGCUUCAAUCCAUAUUUCACAAGAAACAUUAAGCAAAAUAUUUGAGGAUGACUCAUUUGAACCGUCUGAUAGCUCAAAGACUUCUUCGGUUGAAGAUUCUGUGUCAUCUAAUGCACGUCCUCAUGAACCUUUUGACUCAGAUGAGUCUGAAAGUGAUUCAGAGUAUGGAUCAGUUCCUCGUCUAAGAUGGAAGACAUCUACCACAGUGGGAAAGUGGCUUUUAUUUAACGACACUGAAAUUAAUCCUAUUGAUAAGUUAUCUGUUCAUGAUAGAGCCUGGGAAAAAAUAAAAUCUAUUGUAACAGACCCUAAUAACAUUGAUAUUAUUAGUGCUAAAUGUUCAACGAAUUUCUCCCGUCGAUAUGCGGAAUAUGCUUCAUCAACAGGAGUUACUUGUUGUUACACUAGAGAUUACAGAGACAAGAUGAGUGUAAAAAGAGCGGCAGAUAUGAUUCGUAAUACCCUCUUUUUCACAUGUUGCAUAUACUACAAAACGGAUGAUGCUACAUCUGCUGGAGCAUAUCAGCACUUUGGGAAUACUGCUAUAUCAAUGUAUAUGCAUACUAAUGGGAAUAAAAUGUAUGAGCGAGAUGAGAAUGGAAAGUGGAAACUGUUUAGUUUGUAAAUAUUUUAUGGAACUAGUUUUGUUCCUUUUGUCCAUAUUUAAGAAAUUAAUAGGCCAUAACUCCAUUCUAAAAUAGCACUAUCCAUGCAAUUGUGAUUUGCCUGAACCAAAAAGGUUGGAUUUCUACCCUGUUGAUCCGCGGAAGGUGUUUUAUUUCCCUGCACUGUUUUGGACGCCUUCGAUGCUAUUUGAUUUCUCUACAGUACACGACAGCAACAACUAUAGAUCAUGCAGCUUAGAUUUUUUUAUGUGUUAUUUGUAAGCGUUAGCCAUGCAAUAGCUUGUUAAAAAGAGCUUCGCUAUCAAAAUACUGCAAUCUUUUAGUUUCUCCGAGCUUACCUAUGACACGGAAAAAUGUAAGAAUACGGACGUAUAAUGGUAUUUUUCAAAUUAUAUACUAGUACCAAUGCUUUUCAUUCGCUGUAGGUUCCUAAUAUUCUAGAUUUUCAACUAUUGCCGCCGAUCUACAGCGACGUGGAUCAAUUAAUUACUUAAACAAAUGUUUUAAUUAUAAUAAACAGUGAAUAGCCUAGUUAAAAAAAAACUUUUUCCAUCUAACACUUAAAUAAUAACUUGGGCAAAUAUUUUUUGUCAAGUUUUAUUUCGUAAGGAUUGUAUCGUAUAAAUUCGGAAUAUGUCUAAUAUUGCCUAAGUUAUAUAUUGUCAAAAUCGUAGGUUAUUAUCAAACAGUGUUAGAUCUAGUGUAUUUUAGAAAAUGAGGAUUUAUUUUUAAACUUUUUAUUUCUUAAGAGGGACUUGUGUUCACUCUUCUCCAUGUUAACAGUGUCCUUCAGAGAGAUCAGUCUGAUUGCAGUUGCUUUCUGCUGUGGACUUGCCAAUAUUGUAAGAAAAUCAAAUUAGAUGGGUUACUCACUUGAAUUAUCUGAUGAAGAGUUAUGUUUAUUAUGAAAUUAAUUUUGUUAGUUGAAAAAUAUUUCGAUGCUUUGCAAGGUAAAAUUUUUGAACCGAAAAUAGAUUCUCAAACUAAGUAUAUAUUUGGGGGGUGGGGGAGUCACAUAAUUUUGAUCUUAUGUGCGCAUGUUAUCCAAGAAUGACCGAAAGAGCUAUAAUGCCCCGCUUUUCUUUUAUCUGUGUCGACUUCUCUUUGCAAAUCAGGCUUUUUACCUCUGUUACAAAUAAAAACUGCUCUACAGCCCUGCAUUGAACUUAGUAAAGAAAGAUAGUUGUACCUUGGACAAGUGUUAUCAAUUGCGCCACCCAGUGGAGAAUUUUACAUUCAUCAUAUGUAGUUAAUAUGUGUGACGUCAGAUACUAUUGGCUGUGUUGGUGACCAUUUCACGUAAGGCUCCUAUACUAUCAGAGCUGAC